UUCCCAAGUUGUUUGAGUUUUCAGUUGUAGAUUAACGUAAUGUUUUGUUUUUUAGGGGACCAUUCCUUCUGUGUGGCUUUCUAUGAAGCAAAGAUCUCAAACAAUUGGUGCUGUCAGACUCAUCCCGGAUUCAGUCUGGAAGUGGAUUAUUGAGGCAUCAGUUGAUGUGACUCUGGACCAAGAUACAGCACACCCUGACCUAAUCUUGUCCGAGGAUAGGAAACGAGUGAGAAGUGGCGGCGUACGAAAUGGUCAUCAUGUCAAUAGCAAUAAAUACGUGGGCUGUCAUUGUGUUCUGGGCAUGGAGGGCUUCACAUCCGGGAGACGCUACUGGGAGGUAGCGGUGGGAAAGAAGAGAGACUGGAGGGUAGGAGUCACCACUGAGUCUUCCAUGAGAAAGGGCUAUGGCUUCUUGAAUACCAGCGUGGGUUACUGGACCCUGAGGCUGGAGAGGGGUUGUGAAUUCAAGGCUCUCACUGUCCCUGUUACCUCCCUCCCCCUGAGUCUGAAGCCUCGGAGGCUGGGGGUGUAUCUGGAUUAUGAGGAAGGGCAGCUCUCCUUUUACGAUGCUGAAAAAAAAAACCAUAUCUACACAUAUACAGAAACUUUCACUGAGAAACUUUACCCAGUCUUUGGUACAGUAGACACCGAAUUUAACGCAGACCUUGUUAUAAUGCCCCUUGCAGUAACCCGUGGUUCAGCUGACUUGCACCGGCCUAAUUUUGGAAUGUAAAAAAGACAAGAGGUAGUAUCCCUUUAAAGCUUUAGGGUCAAUUGCACCAAUGUGGAUUAACCACUAACCCAGAUUAAAUCAAGGAUUAUAUUUUAGUCAUGUUGCACAAAACUUUAAACCAGGUUUUAUACAAAAUCCUUGUUUAAAGUUAAUCCAAGGUCAAACAUAAAAGAUAAAACUAGAAUCACGUUGCACCACUAAUUUUAAUCCACAUUUAAAUCGAGAGGUGGAUUAAAUUGAAACCUUCCUGGAGGUGGUUUAAACUUUGACAUAAUGGCAGCAUAAAUGAGCUAGAUUCAGUCACAGGAUAGAGUUCCACAAGGAAAACUUGAGACAGACUGAAUCCAUUGGAAUAUUACAGUGAUGUGGAAUAUUGGAUAUUUGAGUGAAGACGAAAAGAAAUUGAGACGACAGUUGUGUGUUGUGUUUAUGUUGUACAUUUACAAAUGUAUUUUUUUUCUUUUAAAAGCAAUAAAACUAGUCUGUGGCAUGUUAAUAGUAUAUCCAUGUGCACAGGGGUUCAUGAGUGCCAAUCGCAGCGGAUCUUAGAUCCUGUACCUUUUAGCCUGGCAGGUGAAAAUUAUAGUUUACAAUGAACUGUGGUGGUGGGGGGGGGAAUAUUUUAUGUUGCAAAAAAGUAUGUACAUAACAUAUACAAAAAAAACCUUUCUAUUCCAUGAAUUCAAUGACAAAUGUGUUCUUUACCGAUAUAUAUAUAUAUAUGUAUAUAUUUUAGGAUGGGACAAAUGAGGUAAGAAAAUAUUACUGAUGCAAUCGGCACCAUAAUUUUGUAUUCUUUUAUUGUAUAGGCAUGUAACGACAGUCGAUGCAUUGAUGUUUUAUUUUUCAAAAUAAAGAACUUUUUUCCCGAA